UACAGAUUCCUGAUUCGGGAUUCAGUCUGUCGUUUUAUUAGUUCUGACGCUUUUGGUCUGGUUGCCGUUAAUCGGGUUUCUUCUCCCCGUGCAGCUUGCUCCUUUUCCUAGCAAUCUAGACCAUUUUACCCGUCGUUUCUACCAGACUCUCUCGAUUCAUCGCUUGGAAGAAGCGUCGUUCGGAACGAUGCAGAACGGCGAGAAGGCGAUGAAGUUCUACUACGUGGGGGAGAAGGGCAGGGAGCAGCUGAGGCGGUACAAGUACCAAGGCGCGGACCACUCGCUCGUCUCCAAAUACAUCCUCCAGCCCUUCUGGUCGCGCUUCGUCCUGCUCUUCCCGCUCUCCGCCCCUGGAUCAUCCCUUGCACACUCUACUCCGCUGCCUGCCGCUGCCCCUGCCCCGCCCCAUAUCGAAUCGCCCUGCCUCCUUUGCCCUCGCCCUUCUGAGAUCACAAUCAUGGGCCUCUGCUUCGUCUUCCAUAAUAUCACGUUCAUGGGCCUCUGCUUCGUCUUCCUAUCCGUGGCUAUCAGCUGGUACACGUCUCCUGACCUCCUAGCGCACGUGCCACGGCCAGUUAUCAUCCUCUUCUCGCUCCUGCUCUUCCUCUAUCAGACGUUUGAUGCAGUGGAUGGCAAGCAAGCCCGCCGCACGGGCUCCUCCAGCCCGCUGGGCGAGCUCAUGGAUCACAGCUGUGAUGCUGUGUGCUGCACGCUGGAGGUGCUGCCAUUCGCAGCGGCGGGCAUGAUGGGGUCGCAUGCGCCGCUCUUCUGGCUCGUCUCCUCCUCCACCUUUUACUUCGCAAGCUGGGAAACGUUCUUCACCCACUCCCUUGUGCUGCCCAUUGUGAACGGCCCGACGGAAGGACUGCUCACCCUCUGCUCCUUCUUCCUCUUCACCGCCUACGUGGGCCAGGAGUGGUGGGGGGUUCCUCUCUUCUCUGCCUCCAGCGCCAUCCACAUGCACGCACACAUGCCACUCUUGGAGCGGAUCGCCUCUCUUUCCCGCCUGGACCUCCUGCUGCUGGUGCAGUUCCCUCUCUUUGUCACCCCAACAGCCGUCUCCAACUUGAUGACAGUGCUGCGAGCGGUGCGGUCUGCGGAGAAGGAGAAGCGCAAGGGGGGGCAGCCACUCCGCUUCUCUGAUACCACGCUCUUUGCCGCUCUUCUGCUUCUCCCGUACUUUGCCCUUUCGGGCUUCACUGUAUCCUGGGCGGUGCUGUCCCCAUCGGCCAUCUUCCCCCGGCACGCACACUUCUUCUUCCUCGCCCUCUGCUUCUCCUUUGCUCUCAUGGUGGGCCGCAUGAUUCUCGCGCACCUCACUAGGGAGAGUGAAGGGCUGCUGCCUUCCAUGCUGCAACCUCUCCUUUUCCUGACUAUUGCACUCAUCAACGCCGCCUGGCCACACUUAACUAGAGGCACUUCCCCUGGGCCCCUUCAAGCCCCUCUGCCAGAGUUACCACUGCUGCUGCUUUAUGUCGCACACACAGGCUAUCUUUACGGUCACUUUGCCGUGUGUGUGUGUUACGAUAUAUGUAACACCCUCGGCAUCUACACCUUUCGAGUGGGCAAGGCGAAGACAUAUCAACCGUUAAGGGCUGGGAAACAAGAAGCCAGGAUUCAAUUCAGGCCAAAAGUGUUAUGAAGCUAGGUUAGCUGGGAAGGUAGGCGGCCAUGAAAUGGCGAGAGGUUUAGGAGCUAUGAGAGAAAGUUACAAGAGAAAAGAGAGCAACUAGACGAGAGAGAGGCAUACAAGGAGGGGGGUUUUACCCUCUACAGUAAAGUUCAAUAAGCUACCAAGCCUACCAAUUAUAUAACGCAUUAUAUAAUUUAACAAAAAGAACUAUGG